UUAAUUACACAAUGUCAUGAACCAAGAAAGAAACAGACACACACAGACAGAAAGAAGAGAGAGAAGAGAAGAAAGAGAGAGUCGUUGAGUCGUUGCUGUUUUUGUUUAGCUGCUAAGGUAAGAAUAAUCAUCCAACCUUCAAAUAUAAAUUUACUCAUUCACACAAACAAUCAAACAAUUUUCCCAAAUCAUGUUGAAUUCAAACCCUUAUUAGCCAAUUUGGGGGAAAAUCAUAAUUCAAUUGACAUGUUUGGAGAUUACUAUACUGGUGUCAACCCAUCAUCACCAUCAAGAAGAGAAGGUGUUAAUCAUCAUCAUACAAUAACAGUAGCAGUAGAAUCGAAUUCAUUGUUAUCAUUGGUGCCCUUUUUGUGGCGCUUUCAAUGACCAUGAUCAUUUCCCUUCAAUCAACCUUCUCUCGGAUCUCAGUUGCAGGUCCUUCUUCAAAUUCAUCGUUUUCUCUCUGCUUUUGCUUUCUUUCUCUCUCAUGGAUGCCUCUUCUUAUCGCCCUGCUGUCGUGAUCGACAAUGGCACUGGGUAUACUAAAAUGGGUUUUUCUGGGAAUGUGGAGCCUUGCUUCAUUGUCCCAACAACUGUUGCUGUGAAUGAUUCUUUUGUAAACCAACCGAGAACAUCGAAUAAGAGUAGUAAUUGGUUGACUCAAUAUAAUGCUGGUGUUAUGGCUGAUUUGGAUUUUUUCAUCGGGGACGAGGCUUUAGCGAGAUCUAAGUCUAGUAGUACGUAUAGUUUGAACUAUCCCAUUAAGAAUGGACAGGUAGAGAACUGGGAUGCUAUGGAAAGGUUUUGGCAACAUUGUAUUUUUAACUAUCUACGCUGUGAUCCUGAGGAUCAUCACUUCCUGCUGACAGAAAGUCCUCUGACACCUCCUGAAAGCCGGGAAUAUACAGGGGAAAUCAUGUUCGAGACUUUCAAUGUCCCGGGGCUUUACAUAGCAGUGCAGCCUGUGCUAGCUUUAGCUGCUGGUUACACUACAUCUAAGUGUGAGAUGACAGGGGUUGUAGUAGAUGUUGGAGAUGGGGGUACACAUGUUGUACCUGUUGCAGAAGGCUAUGUUAUUGGGAGCAGUAUCAAGUCAAUUCCCAUUUCUGGAAAAGAUGUUACCCUUUUCGUCCAACAGCUUAUGCGGGAAAGAGGAGAGAAUGUACCACCAGAAGACUCCUUUGAAGUUGCUCGACAAGUGAAGGAGAUGUAUUGCUACACUUCUUCAGAUAUUGUCAAGGAGUACAACAAACAUGACAAGGAGCCCUCUAAAUAUAUCAAGCAAUGGAGAGGAAUAAAACCAAAGACUGGAGCUCCAUACAGUUGUGACAUUGGCUAUGAGCGGUUCCUUGGUCCUGAGGUUUUUUUCAACCCAGAGAUAUACAACAGUGAUUAUACCACUCCUUUACCAGCUGUGAUUGACAAGUGUAUCCAGUCUGCCCCAAUUGACACCAGACGAGCACUGUACAAGAAUAUAGUGUUGUCUGGUGGCUCAACCAUGUUCAAGGACUUCCACCGUAGGUUGCAAAGGGAUAUAAAGAAGAUUGUUGAUGCUCGAGUUCUUGCAUCUGAGGCACGGCUUACUGGAGGAAUGAAGUCACAACCGGUGGAAGUCAACGUAGUGAGCCAUCCUAUCCAGAGAUAUGCAGUAUGGUUUGGGGGAUCCGUACUUGCUUCAACUCCUGAGUUUUUUGGAGCUUGCCAUACCAAAGCUGAGUAUGAAGAAUAUGGGGCAAGUAUAUGUCGCACAAAUCCUGUUUUCAAGGGGAUGUACUGAUGCAAAUAGCACUGCAGCGAAAUACUUCAGUUGCAUUGUAUCAAAUGGCAAUUUUGGCUUAGGGAUUUCCACUUCCAACAUUAGGACUCCAGUUUAUGCAUGCUCAUGACUCAUCAAGGUGGUUUAUGUGUUUUAGAGCAACUGGGAAGUGGUGUAAAUUAGAAAUUUAUUUAGUAAGAAAGCUUGAAUUCUCCUGUAGUAAUUCUUUUGUUAGGAAGCUGUACAUUGCAACUCUACAAUCUACAUUGCCAUUGGAUGCUUUUUAUAGAAUUUUUGCUACCAUUGAUUGUCAAUUGGUUAUACCUAUGCGUUUUGGUCGCAAUAAA